CACAGACAGGAAAUGUAAUCUACAGAGAGGAAGUGAUGUCAACAGAGACAAAAAGUUUCUUGAGAAUGGAAAGCAUGCUGGAAGUGGAGGGAGAUAUUUCUGCAACCGAUAGCAGAGGAGGGUGAAGAACUAAAAGACAUCAAAGUUGAGGAUAUAGAGGAAGAAGAAGAGAGGUUGGUGAGUGGAGAUCAGCAGUCUAUGGAGGAGGGGGAGAUGAUUACGGAAUGUAAACAGGAGAAAUCUUCUCUACAUAUGGACACAAAUGACCAUAAUGUCCGGAAUACGUCUGAGGAAUCUUCUGAUAAAUCACAUACCAGGACUCUAAGAUCUCACAGUAGAAAUACUUUAAUAGAUCCGUCUAUUCCCGAGGAAUCUUCUUCAGGGCAGGAAGCAGAUCACACAGAAGAGAGGUCAUUGUCAUGUUCAGUGUGUGGGAAACUUUUCACAAAAAACAGAGACCUUCUUAAACACAAGAAAUGUCACACUGCUGAGCGUCCCUAUUCAUGUUCAGAGUGCGGGAAGGGUUUGACUAGCAAACAAAACCUUCAUAGACAUCAGAGAAUUCACACAGGUGAACGUCCCUUUUCAUGCUCAGUAUGUAGGAAAUGUUUCACUACCAAACAACAUCUACUUUUACACCAGAACAUUCACACAGGUGAGCGUCUUUUUUCAUGCUCAGAAUGCGGGAAAUCUUUCACUACCAAACAAAGUCUUCUUAGACACCAGAACAUUCACACAGGUGAGCGUCCCUAUUCAUGUUCAGAGUGUGGGAAAUCUUUCUCACAGAAAGGAAUCCUUGUGUAUCACCAAAGAGUUCACACAGGUGAGCGUCCUUAUUCAUGUUCAGAGUGCGGGAAAUCUUUCACGUCAAACGGAGACCUUGUUAUACACCAGAGAAUUCACACAGGUGUGCAUCCUUAUUCGUGUUCAGAGUGUGGGAAAUCUUUUAGGGCGAAAGGAAGCCUUGUGUAUCACCAGAGAAUUCACAAGGGUGAGAGUCCUUAUUCAUGUUCAGAGUGUGGGAAAUCUUUUGAGUCGAAAGGACCCCUUGUGUAUCACCAAAGAAUUCACACAGGUGAGCGUCCUUAUUCAUGUUCAGAGUGCGGGAAAUCUUUUGGGUCGAAAGGACCCCUUGUGUAUCACCAAAGAAUUCACACAGGUGAGCGUCCUUAUUCAUGUUCAGAGUGUGGGAAAUCUUUUGGGUCGAAAGGACCCCUUGUGCACCACCAGAGAAUUCACACGGGUGAGCGUCCUUAUUCAUGUUCAGAGUGCGGGAAAUCUUUCUCACGGAAAGGACCCCUUGUGCAGCACCAGAGAAUUCACACAGGUGAGCGUCCUUAUUCAUGUUCAGAGUGUGGGAAAUCUUUCUCACGGAAAGGAAACCUUGUGAAACAUCAGAGAAUUCACAUGAGAUAACGAUCUUUCUCAUGAUAACAGUGGUGUGUUGGGGGAGGGGCGGAAUAUAUUGAAUGUUUUUCAGGUUCGGUUUGAUAGAUCUGAGUCUGCAGAAUUCUAGUAAUAUGAUCCU